UGCCAACUUUCUCUGCAUCUCCAGACAGAAGCAUAUUCCAAUCUAAUUAGUUUCCUCUGUGAAUAGGAAAAUAGAAGAAAACAUAGUCUGUUUUGUUUGAGAGAAUUGAGAGGUGGCGGUGAUGAUGAUAGCCAGGAAGGGCUUAGUCUUUAAUUACAGCGGGUCCGGUGGAGGUGGCGGUGGCGGUGGCGUUGGCGAAGGCGGAGGCUUACAGGAUUGGUGGAAUCAGGACCAGAAACAAUGGGGAAGUGGCGGUGGCAGCAGCAGCACUUACUAUAUCUUGUGUGCUUCUUAUGGAUUGGUUUCCCUUGUUGCACUGGUACAACUUGUGCGCAUUCAGUUAAGAGUGCCAGAAUAUGGGUGGACAAUACAAAAGGUUUUCCAUUUGAUGAACUUUCUAGUGAACGGAUUAAGGGCUCUCCUAUUUGGUCUCUUCAAAACUGUCUUCCUUAUUAAACCUAAGGCUCUUGAAAUGCUGCUUAUGGAUCUUCCUGGACUUCUAUUUUUCUCCACGUAUACAUUACUUGUCUUAUUUUGGGCUGAGAUCUAUCACCAGGCCAGAAGUCUUCCAACAGAUAAACUUAGACCUGCAUAUUAUGUUAUAAAUGGAUUUAUAUACUUCGCACAGGUGUGCAUUUGGAUUUUCUUGAGAUUAAGCAGAAGUCCUGUUGCUGUAGAAGUUGCUAGAAUCUUCUUUUCAGUUAUUUCAUUUUGUACUGCUCUGGGAUUCUUGAUAUAUGGUGGAAGGUUGUUUAUCAUGCUAAGGCACUUCCCCAUUGAGUCAAGAGGACGUCAAAAAAAGCUAGAGGAGGUUGGAUGGGUCACAGGCAUUUGCUGCACAUGUUUCUUGAUAAGAUGCGUUGUGCUCGCAGUUUCUGCAUUUGACAAAGAUGCAGAUGUCGAUGUCAUUGAUCAUCCCAUCCUCAACCUUGUUUAUUACAUGUUGGCGGAGAUUGUUCCAUCAGCUUUGGUGCUAUUCAUCCUGCGAAAGCUGCCCCCAAGACGUGUUUCUGAUCAAUACCAACCCAUAAGUUGAAAGCUCUAUCUGCCGCUAGCAACCUAUUCAGGGAAAGGAAGAGGAAAAAAGUAGUACUCUUAAGAGGAGAGCCUCGUUCCUGCACGGUUAGUGCUUCCCUCGGUCGCGUAUCACCUUUGUCUGAUGACAGGAUGUUUUAAGCCAAUACUGAAACUGAAUUUGUUUGAUGAUUGUGUGAACUGCUUCAGUCAAUUACGUGUAUAUUCUGUACUUAUAUUUUCUCUUGUAUUCUACUUAUUAUUUCUCCUGCAUAUGCUUUUUUAUAG